UUCAACAUGGAGCUUUUUGGCAGCUGUUGGUGGGCUGUUGCUUUCCUAAGUGUGGUGCUGGCAGCUUUUGCACAGAAAAUGAUUCCUAGAGAUCCUGUCCUAGACCUGGAUAAAUGUCAGGUUUAUGAUAGGGUUCCAUGUGGGGAUCCUGCUAUUAAUGGGGUUCAGUGUCAAGCAAUUGGUUGCUGUUUUGAUGGCCAGCAGUGUUACUAUGGGAAUGCAGUGACUGUGCAGUGCACUAUGGAUGGCCAAUUUGUGGUUGUGGUGUCUAAGGACUCAGUUGUACCCAAACUGGACUUGACCUCCCUCUCCAUGUUGGGAGGGAAGGAACCACCCUGUAGUCCUGUGGUUUCCACUGAUUCCUUUGCCAUCUACAUUUUCCCAGUAACAGCAUGUGGCACUGCUGCAACUGUAAGUGAUGCAUGGUCCUUUCAACUUCUGUACAAAAGAGCUGUAUGUAAAGCUUUCUUCCUAUUCCAGGUGGCUGGGGACUACAUUAUAUAUGAGAACAGGAUUAUUUCUUCAUAUGAAGUUGGUGUUGGACCUCUGGGUUCUAUUACAAGGGACUCAACAUAUGAGUUGUCCUUCCACUGCAGGUAUUUAGGCUCUGAGCUUGUUUCCCUAAUAGCUGAUGUGUACACCAUUGCUCCACCACCUCCUGUAGCUGCUCCUGGACCACUGAGGGUAGAGCUGAGACUAGCAAAUGGCCAGUGCACUACAAAAGGAUGCAAUGAAGAAGUCUCUGCCUACACCUCCUACUAUCAGGAUAGUGACUAUCCAGUUACCAAGGUGCUACAGCAGCCUGUGUAUGUUGAGGUGCGCAUCCUGAACAGGACUGACCCCAACAUUAUCCUGCUUCUGGAGAACUGCUGGGCAACAUCAACAUCAGAUCCACUCAGCCUUCCCCAGUGGAGCCUCAUAGUCAAUGGGUGCCCCUACCAGGGUGAUAAAUACCUGACCACCUUGGUUCCAGUGGAUGGUUCCUCAAGGCUUCCCUUCCCAACCCACUACAAGCGGUUCAUUUUCAAGAUGUUCACAUUUGUGCAUCCUGCCUCCCUGCACCAUCUGGAAGAGCGGGUGUUCAUCCACUGCAGUACAGCUGUGUGCCAUCCCUCUGCUAUGGAGAACUGUGAACAGAAAUGCUUCAGGAGAAGGCGAGAUAUUGGUGCAGUACAGAAGUCAAACGCUGACAAGAUUGUGGUUUCUAGCCAUGAAGUAAUUGUGACAGCUGAGCUUUUGAAACCAGUUGCAAUGCAGUCUGUGGCAGAAGGACCCAAGUUCAUUGGCUAUGGUGGGCUUGCAGUGGCAGUGUCAACUGUGAUAGGGCUGUUUGCCUUCAUGUUGGCUGUGAUUUGGUGGCUGCGACAUCAUUAAACUGCUGCAGGGGAGACCUCUUGACAAUAAAGUCAUUUCCUUGGCAUGUGA